AUGGGACGACCCAGACUCAUCAUCCUAAUCAGACAUGCCCAGUCCGAAGGGAACAAAAACCGCGAAAUCCACCAAAGCAUCCCUGACCACCGCGUGAAGCUCACACAAGAUGGUUGGGCCCAAGCACACGAAGCUGGUCUUCGUCUGCGCUCGUUGCUCCGAGCCGACGACACCCUCCACUUCUUCACAUCCCCGUACCGGCGCACGCGCGAGACCACCGAGGGCAUCCUCGAGACGCUGACGUCCGACGACCCCGAGCCCACGCCAUUCAAGCGGUCCAAUAUUAAGGUCUAUGAAGAGCCGCGGCUGCGCGAGCAGGAUUUCGGAAACUUUCAGCCUUGCAGCGCCGAAAUGGAGCGCAUGUGGCAGGAGCGUGCCGAUUAUGGGCACUUCUUCUACCGCAUCCCCAAUGGCGAGAGCGCUGCCGAUGCGUAUGAUCGUGUCUCCGGCUUCAACGAGAGUUUGUGGCGGCAGUUUGGCGAGGAUGACUUUGCGAGUGUCUGUGUGCUAGUGACACACGGCCUCAUGUCCCGCGUCUUUCUGAUGAAAUGGUACCACUUCUCGGUGGAGUACUUUGAAGAUCUGCGGAACGUUAACCACUGCGAAUUCCUCAUCAUGAAGAAGCAAGCCGACAGUGGCAAAUACAUCCUGGAGAACAAGCUACGGACAUGGUCAGAACUGCGCCGCGAGCGUGCUGCCAUCAAGGCCAAGGAAGACGCCGAACAGGGGAAAAACGUCGAGGGUGUCAGCAAAAAGAUCGAAGGGCUCAAGCUGGAGCGCCAGAACUCGUCCCAGGUCGUCGCCCAGCGGCGCUGGGGUGGCUGUCCCGAGGGUUGUGACCAUGGCAAGCACUUCAAAGUCCGCGGCGACCUUGCCGAGCUGCGCCAAGUUGAUGAAAUCCACUCGGCGAAGCACAGCAUCAUCAUCACAAACGGCCACCACUGCGGCACUAUAGCCAGCCGGCGCCCGAAUGCCAUCAGACAGCCCAACAAUUCGGAGGAUGACUCGGACGACCCACGCGGCCAUUCCGUGCCGCAAAUUGAUAUCAAUAAAGCUCGCGACGAGGUCGUGUCCUCCCCCGACGGCACACCGUCAUACAUCACCGUCGAAGACCGCAUGCGGUCCCACCUCAAGUCUCCAGCGCUCAACAAACCGCCCUUUUUGCACGUCGGCCGUGACUUCGGCGGCACAUACUCAGGCCGCCCUUCGGCUGCUAAUAGCGACGCCGAUACAUCCGAGGAGGACGCGCGACAGCGGCUCGCUGUGCGGCCUGCGCGGGUCAGAGGCGCAAAGGCAGAGGCAGGAGCAGCAACAAAUGGGAUUACCACCGCUGCGAACGAUGUCAAUGGAGCAGGGAAAGACGACUACCUGGAACACGGAAAGGGGCGCCGCACGUUUGCCAAUAGGCUUGGCGAUGCGCCGGCGAGCGGUUCUGAUCACGCGUCUGAGGACGGUGGGGAUGAGAGGGAGCCUGAUGAGGAACUGGGCAAGGCAGAGGAAGAAGAUCGGAGUUUAGUGGGGAGUGUUUACUAG